UUGUUGUCUUUCCUUUUCUUGGUCCCUGUGCAGGUGGCAUGUAAAAAAACACCCUUUGAGCUCAUUCUCCAGUUUAGAAGUUGAGAUAAAUACAGGAAAUCUUCAUUCACAGAUAGAAUAAGCUAAAUGUCAGUGGGUGUUAUUCCUCCUUCUGAAAUUCCAUAGAGUUACAACAUGCCUGAAGUUUGCUACAAAGAUUCUGCUGGAUGUCAAAUACUCAACUAUGAUUACAAUGGAUUUUUGGUACCGCCAUUUCCAAAUAUUCAAGAAAAUCUUGACAAACUUCCAGAUAUGCCAGUAAGAGAUGAUGAUGUUUUACUUCUAGGCUAUUUUAAAGCUGGUUGCCACUGGAUGUGGGAAAUUACUGGAAUGUUAGUUAAUGGUUCUGCCGAAUAUAACCCAGAAAGCAAGAUGGUUGCAAUGAUGGAAUAUUCGAGCCAAGACCAGCUAGACCAGCUUCCAUCACCCAGAGUUCUAAACAACCACCUGCUCUUGCAUCAUUUACCAAAAGAGAUAUUUACCAAAAAAUCUAAAAUGAUUUUCAUGACACGCAACCCUCGUGAUAUUGCUGCCUCUGCCCACCAUCACACAUUUCAGCUUAAGGAACUACAUCAAUAUGAUGGAGACUGGAAUGGCUUCUUUGAAUUGUUUUUUGAAGGGAAAUUGAAUUACGGUAACUGGUUUGAAUAUAUGCUCCAGUGGGAGAAGGAUAUCAAAGACCACCCAGAACUACCCAUUUUGAUAGUUAAAUAUGAAGACCUUAAAAAGGAUCCAGUGAGCAACGUGGCUAAAGUGGCUGAGUUUUUAGGCCUUCCUAAAAAUGACCAACUUUUUGAAGAUAUUGCUGACAAAUGUACUUUUGACAAAAUGAAAGCAGCAAAACUUACUCAGCUUGAAUUUCGAACUCCUGAUGAAUCAUUGUUUCGUAAAGGUGUUGUUGGAGACUGGAAGAAUUGGUUCACAGUUUCUCAAAAUGAGAGAUUCCAAGUGGAAUGUGACAAAUUUGACAAGCAGUCUACAUUGUUUAGUACAAAGUACUAAAUAUCACUUUAGUAUUGUUAUGAGUUUCUCAUAAACACCUUUAUAUUGCAUGUGUUAAUGUGUUUGAUAUCUUUACUGAUAUCUCAAAAAUCACUUAAUUACUAUAUACAUCAAAAAUAUUUUAAAAUUCUUAGUUUAAUAAUGAUGAUGAUAAUGAUGUGCUUAUUGUAUACAGAGUUCAGAUACGCUACAUCUUAUCAAAAGAGGAUAAAAGAGGAGGCAAAAAACAACAAUAAGUCAAGUAAAGAAAGACAUCAAUGACAAGCAAAAGUGCAUGCAUAACACACAAAGUAAAACUCAAGAAGACAGAUAAGUAAACAGCAAAAGAGUCAUAAAGAGGAAAGGGUGCAUAGGCAUGUCAGGAGCAGUGCUGGGGAAAUUCAGGAAGAAUGGAGGUUUUGAAGAAUGCAAUGUCCUGACAGCAAACAACUGCUACAAGGUGUUUAUUUAACACUUUUGAAUGUGAAAAAAAAAUGUUAAUAGAAAAGCUAAUUAAGAACAAACUCUUAUAUUUCAUAUCCCAUGUGAUAUAAAGGUGAUGAGCUGGCAGAAUUGUUGCCUCAAUGGAAAAAUGCUUACUGACAUGUCUUCAAACUUUCCAUUCUGAGUUCAAAUGCCACUGGGGUUGAGUUUGCUUUUCAUCAUUUUGAGGCCUAUAAAAUAAGUACCAGUUGAGCACUGCAGAUGAUGUAAUUGACUUGCACCCUCCCCCACAAUUGCUGGCCUUGUAUCAAAAUCUAAAACCAAUAUGUUUAAUAUCUUCAUUGAUAUUUAUUAGCUACUUACUUCCUAUAUAUCUAGAACAUAUUUUAAUAUUCACCAUUUCAAAUUGUUAGGUCUUUAUGUUAUAUCAUAGAAGAGUCACUUAAGAAUAAAUAAGCUCUUCUACUCACAUCCCAUUUAUUUCUUGAACUGUCACCAUUUUUCUCAAACUACCAUGCUGGCUUGGGUUAGUUGAGUUGUUGCAAUCCAAGCCAGUUCUUCUCUGUCCAGGAGGAGGAGAAGGACAACAGGGACAACAGCAGUGGUGGCAGCAAUGAUGAUGACAACAAUGAUGAUACUAAUGUAGAGGAUGUAGUGAAAUGUUUAAUUUAUUUCUUGAGAUAUUACCCAAACUAUAAGUAGAUCAGUGACAAAUUGAUAUAGUCAACCUUUAAUAUUUUAAUGGCAAUUUCAAAAUAUUGAUUAGAUAUGUUAGAUCCAGACUUACCACUGACUGCUAUCCAAUGGUAUUUACUGUGAAGUAAUGUUAUUUUAAUAUCAUCAUCAUUUAAUGUCCACUUCCCAAUAAAUAAAUAAAAAUAUUGGAUUCUCUUAAGUACAAUAAAUAAAUGCCCUUAGACUAGAAUAUUAUGUAAUAAUACAAAAUAUCAAUUUAUAAUGACAAUCUUAACUCAAAUAUAUAUUCAGAAGUAGAGUGAAGCAUUUUCUUUACAAUCUAUUAACAAGAAAUUAUGAAGACGGUAUUUUUAAAGAUAUGUAUUUUUUACUGACACAAUUGAAGAAUUUAUAUUUAACAUGAUAUUGUCUUUGGAAACAUUUCAGAACAAAUAAUAAUAAUAAAAGUAAUUGAUGAUGAUGAUGAUGAUAAUAAUAAUAAUAAUAAUAAUAAUAAUAAUAAUAAUUAUCAUUAUUAUUAUUAUUAUUAUUAUUAUUAUUAUUAUUAUAAUAUUAUUAUUAUUAUUAUUAUUAUUAUUAUUAUUAUUAUAUUAACUAUAAACUUUUCAUUAGAAAACUUAUAAUCUGUAACUUUAGAUAUGAAAUACGCACAAAUACGUGUGUGUGUGUGUGUAGGUGCAAGCAUGACAGUGUGGUAAGAAGUUUGCUUUUCAACCACAUGGUCCUAGUUUCAGUCCUACUUCAUGGCACCUUGGGCAACUGUCUUCUACUAUAGCCUCAGGUUGAUCAAAACCUUGUGAAUGGAUUUGGUAGGCAGAAACAAGUACUGGGUUCGAUUUGUUCAACUUAAAUUCUUCAAGGCUGUACACCAGCAUGGCCAUAGUCUAAUGACUGAAGCAAGAAAAAGGCAAAAAAAAAUUAUACAUAGAUACAUACUUACAUACAAACAUACAUACAUAUGUACGUGUGUGUAUGUAUAUAUACACACACACACACAAAUACACACACUCACUCAUAUAUGUGUAAUUAUAAUAUAUAUACACACAUAUAUAUAUUGUUUAAAUGAUUGUCAUUAAUUUGUAAUAAAUAAUAUAAUUUUAGAAUUGAGAAAUAAAAAGAUUUCAUUGACA